CUUAUUUGCGCAUUCUGGUUUCAACAGUUCAUUGAAGACGACAAAACUACGUUCAGUAACUAUGAGAUAUAAAACGUUAUUAUUUCUUUUUCUCGCACUUUGUGCCAUUGGUAUUAUCGAUGCAAAAAAGAUCAGUUCGAGUAGAUCUCGUAGUUCCAGUAGAUCUCGUAGUUCCAGUUCUCGCGGAUCCAAUUCACAUGGUUCCUCGAGUUCUCGUGGUGGUUCCCAUGGUAGCAGUUCUAGUGGUGGUUCCUAUAGUAGCAGUUCUCGUGGUGGUUCCCAUGAUAGCAAUUCUCAUGGUUCCACUGAUUCUCAUAGUUCCAGUGGCAAUGGCCAACGUCAUCAAACCACGAACGCUAAUACAAAUUUCCUGAAUGCCGAAGGUGGAGGAGCUACACGGCCAGAAACAUCACAUCCAUCGUCGACACGUCCACAAACAGGUCAAAUUGUUCAUCAUGAUAAAUCAGGAACUAUAACAGAAUCGAAACAAAGUGCGCCUCCUUAUGCACCGUCUGCAGGAAUAACCACAGUUCCCAAACAAGGUUCCAACCAACCAAAUAGUCCAAGUCAACCGCAUCCUCUAGGCAACCAUCAUCGACAUAAUUCGGCUCAAACACAUACAGUGAACAGUUCUCAGCCCAAUUCCAAUCAACCAAAUAGGCCGAGCCAAACGAGUCUUCCAUGGAGUCAUCCUUCUUCAACUUCUAAUCACCCAGCGUCACAGGGUCUUCCACCUCCUCCAAUCGGGUUUAAAAAUCACGUGUAUCCAUCUUAUUCUCCUCCGAUUCAUCAGCAAAAUUCGAUGCCAAUGGGAAAUCCGUACGCUCUACAUUAUUCGGGAAACGUCCAGACUACCGGACCAAUUUACAAUCCACAACCCCAAAUGUUUGCACAACCUGCGAUGCAGCCAUUUGUUCCUGGUCAAACAGUGUUAAUCAUGCAACCAGAUCAUGGCAGUGGUCGAAAUAUAGGAGACAUGGUUAAAGAAGCGCUUAUAUAUUCUACAAUCAACGCGGGAAUAAAUAGGCUGAUCAAUCCUGUUCAUACUCGUGUGGAAAGCAAACCGGACAGUCCUCCAACGACUACAACUCACAUUACAUACAACAAUUACUAUACAGAUAGUACUGUUCCACAAGGAACCGUUAACGGCGGUAUUGGUACGGUUCCUGCUGGAAAUAUUCCAACUGGAAACAUUGCAACUGGAAACAUGGCAAAUGGAAACAUUGCAACUGGAAACAUGGCAAAUGGAAACGGAGUUGCACCGACAAUGCAAUCUAAUCCAACAACAAAGAAUCAAACUAAUUUAUCUGCUGGUUCCAACCUCAACAACAAUGCACUCUACAAGAUUUCUGAUAAUGAAAUCUUCAAAAUAACGGAAGACAUGUUCGCGAUGUCAAACGACAUAUCUAAAUACAUAAAAUUAAAUUUGCAGAAACAGUCUACAUCGACCAACGCGACGGAUGAAGCUAAACAGCCCUUGUUCCAGGUAGACUCAGCGGUGUUGGCAUAUCCUUCGAUUUACGUAACGCAUACUUUGUAUGAUAAUUACGAACACGACUUUCAACAAAAGAUAAAUCGCACUCAAGGAACAAGAGAACAUGAGAACCUUUUGAUAGACACAUACUUGAAUACGAACGUGAUGGCGAUGGCUAUGCAAUGGCUAGGGGAUCGUGGAUUCAUCGAUCCCGACGACUUUGAAAGAAAAGACGUGCUUCGACGUAUCUGGUUUACGACCUUCAGCGGAAGCACAUGCGGAUUCGAACGCGUAUUCGAGUCAGAAAAUUAUGGCACUGCGAUCAUUGGCGUUCAAGAUUGGCUGUAUUUUGCGAAUCGAGAAUCCUCGAUGCGUAUAAAUUACAUGGGCUACACGAAACAAUUGAAACUUGGAAAUAAUGCUUCUCUAUUGAAACUGAACUUCGAAAUGGACGGAAUCGUCAGACCAAACGCGACAAUAUUCGUGGGUACUACACCUGAACUGGAAAUGGCGUUGUACACGAUAUGUUUCUACGCGAGAUCUAACGAUCUAUGCCCGAUUUCGCUCGGUGGGACAAGAUUCGACAUUUACACCCAUUCGUUUUUGUAUUUUGGAAAUUUAGUUCUUGAUCUUGGUAUUCCUGUAUUCUAAGAUAGAAGGAUACCGGUGCUGUAUGUGCGGAUAUGAGCCUCGACGCAAUUAAUGAUAUGUUGUAAAUAAAAUAGAAUUGGCGAACAUGAAAAUCGUUAAGAAAUUUGUAGCAUUAAAUUUGUAUAUUAUUUAUAAAUCGAAAGUAUGUAAGUAUACAAAUAUAAUUACGAUCUAUUAUA